GCAGAUGUGCACAGUCAAAUGCCAUACUUUGCUGUCUUUUAAUAGUUCUUCGGAUUUGGGAUUUUAAAAAGGUCGACUACCAUAAUCAACAAGCAUCUAGCAAUGGAUGCAACAAGUACCAGACCCCUUUUACCGUCUUCCUUGCCGGGACAUUCCCCCUUAUCUCUCUCGGUUUCUGGGUUGCAGAUGUCUUCUUCUUUGCUGCGACCACCGCCACUUUUCCUCCGAGCUGCAGCGGCUACUGCCUGCAACCCUUCCCUGGAGCGGGGCUACCCCCGUACCCCGAAGUGUGCCAGGUGUAGAAACCACGGAGUGGUUUCAGCUCUGAAGGGCCAUAAGCGCUUCUGUCGCUGGAGGGACUGCGUGUGCGGGAAGUGCACCCUGAUUGCCGAGAGACAGAGGGUGAUGGCAGCACAGGUGGCUCUGCGGAGACAGCAGGCGCAGGAGGAGAGCGAGGCCCGAGACCUGCAGUUUAUGUACCCUGCAGCUGGAAGUAGCGAGCAGGGACUGGCUGUAUCAGCGGCUACAGGAGUGACCAGAGGGCCAGGCAUUGCGACACCAAUAACACCCUGUUACGAGGUCUUUGGAAUGGGUGACCAGAAAGGAGAAGAGAAGACACACAAAUAUGACUUCUAUAGUGGGUUCAUGGGACGCCCCUUGCUUUUCCCGCAUCCAGGUCAGAUGCCCUCUACUUUAGAUAAGGCAUCCAGUCCAAGCCUUAUCAUAGAAAAAUCACCUUCUGCUUUAGAGAAGGCAGAGGAUGACGCUGACAUUCAGUCACCGGGAUCAGACCAACUUUCUGAACGAGGUGGAAGUCCAAGGUCACUGUCUUCUUCAGACCUGGAAUCAGGCAGUGAAUCUGAAAGACAAAAAGACUUUCCAUCCCCAAGGUCCAGCCUUCCAGGGUCUUCCUCGAGGCAGAGGGAUCCCACUGACAUCAUGACAAAAAUCUUCCCUCACCAUAAACGUGAUAUGUUGGACUGUGUAGUGCAGAAUUGCAAGGGGGAUAUAGUCCAGGCUAUAGAACAAGUAUUAAAUUCAAAAGAGCAUAAGGAUAACCCCAGUGGUACCGAAAGCACCAUUUCUGAACCUGGUAGUCUGCAACGAUCUUCAAGUUUUGGACUACCUGGAGUUGGUUUAGGACUUAGCAUGGGGCUUGGCACAAAGUCAGCUUUCUCUCCCCUUCAAACCACCCCGACCACGCUUGGAAGUGACACCAGUAUCUACGGUUUAACCCCAAGACUCAGCUUCAAUCCGCUGCGUCUUGCAUAUUCAGCAUCUGGAAGGGGGAUAACAGGUUUCAUGUCUCCCUAUGUAACACCGGGGCUCAUGCCAGCAUUGCAAUUUCGCCCACCAAUGGACUAUUCGUUUCCAGGAAUGAUAAGAGACUUUUCCUAUUUUCAGAACAAAGAAUCUUUAUGCAAUACAGGACUUUACUCUAGAGUAAACCAAGAAAACCAGUGAUUUGAGAUCACGUUAACUGUUACUGUUAUGCUCUUAUGCCAGUCAUAUUUUAGCCAACCUGUUCAGCUAGAUGUUUUUGAAAAAGCUUCCAGUUCAGGGUAUUUAGUUAUAUAAUGGUGAAGGUGCACCACACAAGACUCAAUUGGCUUUGCUUGUAAAUAUAUAAUCAUAACAUUUUAUUUUGAGAAACUGUCUUUAACGGUUAUUACUAUAAAUGAGCUCAGUAAGCAUUAAGCACUAAAGAUUUUUCAUUGAUAAACACUCUUUGCUAUUCGCCAAGGAGUGGAAAUAACAGUAAACGUGCAUAAAGCAUGCAUGCUGAGCUAUAGCCUCUUUCUUAAACAUUUUACACCUUUUAUGUUAUUUUUCUACUGCAGUGUUUGUACAU